CAUAAAUCCUCGCGCGGACCCGUCUCAUUUCAAUCCACUGGCAGCCACAAACCCUAGGACGCCGCCAUGGCCAAGAAGAAGUCCGCCGCCGCCAACGGCAACGGCAACGGCCACCACGCCGUCGCGGCCGCGGAUGCGGCGCCCGGGAAGGAGGACGUGCCGGAUACGCGGGACCGGAGGGCGGAGCAGCUGAAGGCGCUCAACACCAUGCUCCUCAAGGAGGCGACGGAGCGGCGGGGCCAGGUGGCGGCGCUCACCGCCCGCCUCGACGAGCUCUCCGCCGAUGACGCCGCGCUCGCUGCCGCCGAGCGCACUGUGGCGCAGGCCGCCCUCGCCGCGCCCCUCCGCGCCGCAGCGGACGAGGUCGCCGCUCUCCGGGCCCGCCUCGCCGCCGUCCAGGAGUCCCUCCAGGCCGCGGAGUCGAGGGCAUCGGCCGAGGCUGGCGCCAGGGGCGAGGCCGACGCCCAGCUCGAGACGGCAGCCGGGGAGAUGGCUCGUACCCUGAAGGUGCUCCAGGAGAAGGAGGCGGAGGUGGCAUUCGUGUCCAUGAAGGUCUCGAGCUUGGAGGCAAUGGUGGCGGAGCUGGAGAGCAAGAACUCCGAGCUGUUUGGGGAAAAGGGCGAGCUGGCGAAGCAAUUGGAGGAGGCCAUGGAUGCAAUACGGAUGGUAUCGAGCGAGAAGGGGGAGGUAGAGAGGAGCUUGCAGGAGUUCAGGAAGGCAGCCGAGGCCUACCGGGUGGAAAUUGAGGGGAAGGUUAAGGCGAAGGUGGAGGAAUUGAAGGUGCUUGGUGCCAAGAAGGCGGAGAUGGAUGCAAGGGUGAAAUCUUUGGAGGCGGAGCUUACAGUGGCUGUGGCUAAGAAAGGGGAAUUGGAGGCUGAGGUGGUGUCAAAGAAGAGGGAGAUUGAUUUGGUGAAGGGAGAAAAUGGUAAGCUUCAGUCCGAGGUUGCGGGUGCUGAGAAGAAAUACAGCAUGUCUGUUGCAGAGGUUGAAAGUCUCAGGAUGGAAUUGGGUGCAUUGGUGAAAGCGAAAGAGGCCGCUGCUAAGGUAUUUGAUUCUGAGAAGGCUCAACUUGUGGGGAAAUUGGGGGCCCUGAAGAGGAGGGUGGAGGAAAUCCAGGCCGACAAGGAAGCAACCGAGGGAGUAAUGCAAGAGAAGGAUGCUCAGGCCUGUAAGCUGAGGGCCGAAUUGGAGGAGCUCCACUCUUCCAUGUCCCAGCUCCAAGUAUCCUGCGAUGAACUAGAUACCAAGAGUUCACGCCUGAAUGAUGAGAAGAAUUCAGUUCUGGAAGCGUUGGAUGCUGAGAAGGCUGAAGCAGGGAAGCUGAGGUCAAAAAUUGAGGAGCUGGAGAACUGCAACGGCAAGAAGGAUGGUGACAUUGGGAGGCUGAAGGCGGCAUUGGAGGAAAAGAAGGGGAAGAUUGAUAUCCUGAGCAAGGAUAUCGAGCUGCUGCAGCUCGCAGUGGCUGAGGCUCAGAAGAGGAAGAUGGGUGGCAUCUGGACAUGGCUGUAUGCCGCCACCACAACUAUGGUGGCUGCCAUCUCCUUCAUCUAUGCCACGAGGUCCCACUGAAGGGGCGCUCUUUUACUUUUUUGCUAUGUUCCGUGUUCGUUUUACACUCUUAUCAAUAUGCAACUUGAAAUGAUCAUGUUGCUAUCUUGCUGUAUUGCUACAUGAUCAUGAAUCAGCUGGUUAUGAAAUGAAGUCUUUGCUUU